AGGCCAUGGAGCGGAUGACGUCACAGGUUGAAUCCCAAACGUGCACACAAAGUGCCCUGUGUGCACAAGGCAUGAUUUCGUGCACUACAUAGAGCACUCCUCCAAGGAUCAUGGAGCCAUUUUGGGACGUGACCGCUUUCCCUUUGCAGGGGGAAACAAUGAGAGGCGACUGUGCUCCGAUUCCGGCCAUUUGAAUGGGCUGAGCUGUAGGUUAGGAUCUGCGGCGUGUCUCUAUAGUUUGAUAACAAGACUUCUUAUAAUAAUAAUAUUAAUAAUAAUAAUAACAAUAGUACAUUACAGCAUGGUCAGUGCCAUAUGAAGCUCUGGGUCUCAUCGGGGUGUGUUUGCAACAAAACCGUCCAAGUUCAACUUUUGUAAAGCGGACCUGUUUGGACUUGUUGGAAUCUGCAUGGACUAACAUGAAAAGCCUAAAAGCGAAGUUCAGGAAGACUGAUACCAACGAAUGGAGCAAAAAUGACGAGCGUCUCCUGAGCGCCGUGGAGCAUGGAGAGACGGAGAAGGUCACCUCGCUCCUUGCCAAGAAGGGAGCAAAUGCCACCAAAUUGGAUGGCGAGGGCAAGUCAGCUCUGCACAUUGCAGCGACUCGGGGUCAGGCCGAGUGUCUCGCCAUCAUCCUGGCCCACGGAGCUGAUGUGUCUGUAGCGGAUGCUUCAGGUUUUAGUGCUUUACACCUUGCUGCUAAAAACAACCACCAGGAAUGUGCCAAAAAGCUCAUACAGAGUAAAUGUGUUCUAGAUGCUCUGGACAGCGGUGGGAGGACUGCUCUUCAUCAUGCAGCGGCCAACGGAAACGUUGUGAUUGUCCAACUCCUGUGUGAACACAAGUGUCCUGUGAAUUUGAAAGAUAUGGACGGCUUCACACCCUUGCUGCUGUCAGCGAGACACGCCCACACAGAGGUCUGUGGCAUCCUGCUGGACUGGGGAGCCAACAUCAACGCCUGUGACAGGAACGGCAGGAGUGCUGUCAUGCUGGCUAGCGAGAGCAGCUGCGUUCCAGCCGUGGAUCUGCUUGUGCACAGGGGAGCCGACUUACGCCUGCUGGACUCGCUAGGACACGACGUGCUGCACUACGCCAAGCUGUCGGGCAGCGCCGAGGUCCGAGCCGUCAUCACCGCUGCGCUGCAGUGCCACCCAGCCGAGUCAGCAGAUAUGAAUUCACCCAGAAGCCAGCAGCAUGAUCACACGGCUAAUCUAAACGAUGAGAGGAGCACAACCCCCAAAAAACGAAAAGCACCCCCUCCUCCUAUUAGCCCUAUGCAGUCGCUGGAUGUCAUGUCUCCGCCGUAUGUGACCCCGAAUGAAACUCCGGUGUCAAGUAAAGGUGACAAGAGGUUCAAUUACAAGGAGGAGGAGCUGAGGAGUGUGUCACUGUUGAGAGAGGAGAUCGAGAAGCUCCAGGAAGAGAAGAGUAUGCUGCUGGAGACCAUUGAAGAUCUGAAGCAGAUUAUGGAGCAGACUGAGCCCAAGACUGACCGCUGUGAAAAUUCAGCAUUGCUUGCAGCCCUUCAAGCCAAGGUGGCCUCACUCUCACUGGAGAACCAGCAGCUUGCCCAGAUCAUCAAGAAGCGUCCACCUCCUCAAGGUGAAGAAGGCCAGGAGGACUCACGUCCAAACAGUAUCGACUCCAACGCAUCAUACCACUCUACCCAUGCUGAAUUUGAGCUCUCCAGUGAGCAGGAGCUCUCUGAUGUCUCAGCUUUUAAGCAUGAAGAAGCGAGUAAGCCCAAGAAAGUGAUGUACGAGGAAGAAAUCACACUGCUUAGGGAUGCGCUGCAGAGCCUGCAAGUUGAACUGGAUGAGUCAAGGUUGGAGAACCGCUCCCUGCAGGCCAGAGUUGAGCUCAGCUCUCAUACAGGGGAAAUUGGAAAUGAAGGACCGUCAGAAAGCACUGCCGAGCUUAAGGCCAAGCUGGCAGACAUGCAGAAAAAGUACCAGGAUGUGGUGUUGGAGCUGGGAACCCUCCAGGUGGAGAGGGCAAGAGUGGUACCUACAGGAUCUCACAACCAAGAUGAUCAAGUACUACAAAAGUUUCAGUUUUUGAAAGGCUGUCUUGAGCAAGAGGUUAAAGAUCUGAAGACAAAGCUGGCCAAGGUGCAGGAAGAGAAGAUGCACGACGCUCAGUUGAUAAAAGAACUGGAGGCUCGUCUCGAGAGUGCGAGUCAUCAGGUUAUAGAGGACGAGUGUCGAGAACUGAAAAACUCCUACAGCAUCCUGGUGGAGAACAUCAACCAGGAGAAGGCUCUGUUGAUCGAGAAGUACGAGGAGGCUCAAGACGAGAUCAAGAUGCUUCAGGAAGCCCUGCGUGGCACCGUGUCCGUCGAGGCUGCCGCUAAAGACUUUGAUGAGAUGAAGGCCGAGAUGGGCGGGGUUAUUGAAGGACUCCAGAAGCGGCUGUUGGAGCUCUCGAAAUCCUACAGCGAGGCGAAAAAUGAACUUGCCGAAGCCCGGAGCCUGCUCCAGGCCAAAGCCUUGGAGACCAAGCAGCUCUCACAGGCAGUGUGUUUGACUAAAGAGCAGCACGAGGAAAACUUGCAAGAGCUGACACGUAAGAUGAAGGAUAUGCAGAAUUCCUCAAAGGACACUGAAGUCAAGUAUCAGUCAGCACUGAAAGAGAUUUCGCAACUCAAACAGGAUGCGGAAAUUCAGGCCAAGUCCUCAGUGAGCAUUGCGGACCACACUCAGGUUAUGGCCUCAUUAGGAAACGCGAUCAAGAGCUUAGAAUCCGACGUGGACGUCCUUAAGCAACAGCUCACGCAGAAGACCUCGCAGCUGGAUGCCUUACAAAACAGACCUACUGUGGAGAAGGACACGACUUCAAAUGAUUGCGUUUCCAAAAUGGAACAUGAGCAGAUGAGAGAGUCCCUGCAGCGUGAGAUCAAUCACCUCACCCAGCUUCUUCAGGAUGCUCUGAGGAAGCAGGAUGAGAUGGCACUACAGGUGACUGCUGCCUGGCAGGAGGUGAAGGAUGGCAAGAGUGAGAAGGAUGCAGCGCAGAAGAUUGCUGUAGCGAGAGAGCAGGAGAAUAACGCGCUGAGCGGGAAGUGCAGAGAGGCCCAGGAAGCCAUCACGCAGCUUAAAAAGCAGGUGGAAAACCAUGUGAACUCUGAAAGAGAGAAGAAUAAAAAGAUCGAUGAUCUGUCAAAAGAGGUGGGGAAGUUGAAGGAGGCCCUGAACAGCUUGUCCCAGCUCUCGUACACAACAAGCAGCCCGAAAAGCAGACAGCAGAGCCAGCAGGUCGAUUCUCUCCAACAGCAGAUCAAGCAGCUUCAGUACCAACUGACUGAGUCUAAAAAGAGGCACCAUGAAAUUGUUUCCGUGUACAGAAUGCACCUCCUCUAUGCUGUUCAGGGUCAGAUGGAUGAAGAUGUACAAAAGGCCCUGAAACAAAUUCUGGUUAUGUGUAAAGUACCAUCGGAAGACAAAUAACGGCGCUGAUGCGUUCCUCCAGAGCCUGCCUAAAUAACCGUGGUAUAAGGAAACUUGCACUUGUAUUGAGAAUUUGUCUGGAUUAAAAGGAAUUGUUCUUUUGUUUUAGCAAGCACUUGGUUACGAAAGCAUCAGACAAUCAAUUAAAGAAUGAAGCAUUGAUAUGACGCUUAUGAGUACAUAGUAUACAUGUUCUGUUGUAAUUGGAAUUAUUUUUGUGUGCUUUAAUACAUUUUGGAACAGAAACUUUCA